CGCUUUCCCGCGCAGAUGUUCCAGUCUACGAUAGUCGGAGCAGGCGGGGUUGUCUUCUCACAUUUGAAGGCAUGGGCGACGUCAGAUCAUUGUUAUUGUCUCUUAACGCACGUGUAGCAUUUUCUUGCCUGUGAGCUGGCUUCCUGUGUCCAGUACCGGUUAGUGAUCCGGGAGGUGAAGACCCUUCAGAUCCUUCAGCUGUACACAUGCCUGGACCAGAUACAGCAUAUAGAGUGGUCGGCAGACUCCCUGUUCAUCCUGUGUGCCAUGUAUAGACGGGGGCUCGUGCAGGUCUGGUCGCUGGAGCAGCCAGAAUGGCACUGCAAAAUCGACGAGGGCUCUGCAGGGCUGGUUGCUUCUUGCUGGAGCCCGGAUGGACGCCAUAUUCUGAAUACAACAGAAUUCCACCUGCGGAUAACUGUGUGGUCGCUGUGCACAAAAUCCGUGUCUUACAUCAAGUAUCCCAAAGCCUGCCAGCAGGGAAUAACUUUCACCAGGGACGGCCGGUACUUGGCCUUGGCAGAGAGGCGGGACUGCAGGGACUACGUGAGCAUCUUCGUGUGCAGUGACUGGCAGCUUCUUCGGCACUUUGAUACGGACACACAGGACCUCACAGGAAUCGAAUGGGCCCCGAAUGGCUGUGUGCUGGCAGUGUGGGACACAUGCUUGGAGUACAAGGUUCUGCUCUACUCCUUGGAUGGACGGCUUCUGUCCACAUAUUGUGCCUACGAGUGGUCCCUGGGCAUCAAGUCUGUGGCCUGGAGCCCCAGCAGUCAGUUCCUGGCCAUUGGGAGCUACGAUGGAAAGGUGCGCCUCCUUAAUCAUGUGACCUGGAAAAUGAUCACUGAGUUUGGGCAUCCCACAGCCAUUAAUAAUUCCAAGACAGUUGUGUAUAAGGAAGCCGAGAAGAGCCCACAGCUGGGGCUGGGCCGUCUGUCCUUCCCUCCACCCCGAGCAGUAGCUGGUCCCCUCUCCACCUCAGAGAGCAAAUAUGAGAUUGCUUCUGGGCCAGUUUCCUUGCAGACCCUGAAGCCGGUGGCCGACAGAGCAAACCCGAGGAUGGGCAUAGGGAUGCUGGCUUUCAGUUCCGACAGCUACUUCCUCGCAACAAGAAAUGACAAUGUCCCCAAUGCUGUCUGGGUCUGGGACAUUCACAAGCUGAGGCUGUUUGUGGUGCUGGAGCACCUGUCCCAAGUGCGCUCAUUUCAGUGGGACCCACUACAGCCACGGCUGGCCAUUUGCACAGGGGUCAGCAAGGUCUAUCUGUGGUCUCCGGCAGGAUGUGUGUCAGUGCAGGUGCCUGGAGAAGGUGACUUUCCAGUACUUUCUUUGUGCUGGCACUUAAACGGGGACUCCUUGGCCCUCCUCAGUAAGGAUCACUUCUGUCUCUGCUUCCUGGAAACCAAGGAGGGGGUCAGCACAGCCUGCGGACAACGGGAUGGCCAUGCCUAGGACCUGAGUGAGAACUGAGGCACAGCAGCCUGCCCCCAAUGAGGAACCAGCAGCACUUGGAACGGGUUCUCAGUGAUGUGAUCGUCCUUCUGCAGUAAGGCAUUUCUGUAAAUAUGUAUGAUAAAGCUCUAAGUUUAUUUAAAAUAAAUGUUUGCUGAUUUAUAGAA